GCUUUAAUCAUCCAUCGAUUUUUCCAUUGAGAGGAAACGAUUCCCUUCGUCUCUCUCUCACUUCCCCUUCAUCUUUCUUCUCCUUAUGCUCCGAAGACUGCUCCGAAGAUAGAACAGAUGAGGUCCUCCGCUGGUAAUUUGAAGCAAAAGUCGCCGGUUGGCAGAUCCAGGCCAUCGGUUUCGUUUGAAGACGACGACGACCCUUUCGUCUCCGCCAAAUCAACACCGUCCCACUCUAAUCCUCCAAGCCGUCCGGUUAUCCCUGAACCGGACAGGGAAAAGCUUCCCAAAAGGCUUUACGCCACUGAUUGCUACCCGCCUAUAGGUCGUAUCAAUGCUUACUCUAAGCCGGAGUAUCUUCUCGAUCUUGUCGAGAUCUUAGAAGAGUAUGCUAUUCUGACUGGGCUUGAUUGUCGGCCGUACUCAAAAAGAUCCGAUAUAUUGAAGUCGCAGCAAAUCAUCGAACCAAAAAAUCCUUAUUGGAAUGUUCUCAUUGGUGAGGAACACAAGGUUGUCCUCAUUAAGGACAUCGUUGAAUGGUUGAGGGCAGACAAGAUGAAGCCCAAAAAAGACAAGAUGGACGACUGGCGAAGGCUUCGUCUCGCGCUUAUCGUCAUCGUCGAAGGGAUACUGGUCUGCAGUUCCCAACCUGUCAAAGCUUCGGUACAAGUUGUUGAAAUGGUUUCCGAUUUGCAGCGUUUUGAAGCGUUUCCCUGGGGACGUGAGUCAUUCCUUCUCACAAUGCGAAUGGUUAAGGUCAGUUCGAAGGUUAGCAGUCUCGCAGGCCUAAUUGUGAAGUUCAACCAGUCUCAUUCUUCAACCCACGGGUUCCCUCUUGUCUUCCAACUGCUUAUGCUCAAGGCCAUCCCCGAGUUUGAAAAAUAUCUUCCUAAUCCUGAUGAUACGCAGACCAUGGGUGAUGGGUCUAUCACCACUUUGCCUCCGUUGAAGACUUUUCACAACUCCAACAUAAUGGAGACAGAGCUGAUUGAGGGGUUGGAUAUUGCCCCCCUGUUGCCUUGUGACGAUCCGCCUCACCUAUCGAUCAACGAUUGGGGCGAUGAAGUCUCUGACCCGGCUCUUGACUAUAUGGAAAGUCUUAUCGGUCGCGGAUACAAGUUCAAACGAGGGGACUGGAGAGGUGGGUGGCGUUCCUGGCCGCCGAUAGUCGUUGAUCAGAACCUCAAAGAAGACAAUGUUCGCAAGCCUAAGAAGGUGUCUUUUAGGCGUCCAAACAAAAACUUUGAAAUCCCUGAGACAUCCCAGGGUGGUCCAUCAAAGGGUAAGGGGAAGGUUACUGAAGACGAAGAUAUCUGUCCACCAAAGGGUCCUGAGGGACAGGAUAUUCUAUAUGCUCUGAUCAUGGAACAUGUUAAUGCGAAAUUUCGUGAAUUGAAGGAUGAAUUGAUUGUUGAGCUUUGCCGGAGGGUAGGUGUUGAGAAGUCUUUGAUGAAAGACGAACUCUUAGACGAGAUCAUUAGCAAUCUGCGCCAUGGGGGUAAGGACAAGGACACUGGUGGACAUACGUCUGUCCCCUCAACAGAAGCUGGUGGACACACUUCUGUCCCCUCAACUGAAGCUUCCUCACCAGGUACAAGCAAGGGCACAAUUGGACAGACAUCUGAUUCAACCCAUGUCCAGAUAGAUCCUCCUGCGCCACCUGGUCCUCAAACCCCGUCUUUUGGUUUGGAUCAGUCGAAGGGGAAAAGCAACACUCAAAUUUUGGAGGAAUUUCAGAAGCAAGCCUGGUCUGAAUACGGCGGAUUGUCUGAUGUUUUACAAAACAUUAGCCAGUCUUAUGCAUCUCCCUCUGGUCCUACUGCUGGUCUAUUUGCGUCUGGUCCUUCUGUUUAUGUUCCUUCUGGGACUGGUCCUUCUGCUUUUGGUCCUUCUACUGAUGCUUCUACUUCUAGUCCCUCUACGGCUGGGGUGUCUACACCGAAGUUCUCUGGUGAUCACAAUCCCAAAGACUUCCAAACGCCAUUGCCUACUAUACACGAGGACAACGCAGACGAAAUGGAGGACGAGAUGGUUGUAGAUGAGGUCCUCGAUGCGAAGGCUGCUAAAGAGAAAUUUUCUCAUGAUCACAACCCCAACGACUUCCAAACGCCUCAUCAAGAUAUAGAGGAUGAUGAAACUGAAGAAUCUGAGGAUGGCGAAAAUACGGACCAGGUCCCUGUUGAGAAAUCCGUUGGUGGGUCUGAAAACGUCGAUGUUGUUGUUGAUUGUGAGGAGAGAAAAGAAGAUGUAAUUGGAAAGUCUGUUGGUGUGUCUGAGACUGCUGGUGAGGAUGUUCUUCGAGAGGACAAGUCUCGUUCGGGGGACGAUAGUAGUGAUGGGAGUCAUGGGGUAUCUGAUCCCGAGGAUGUUCAAGAUGACGAAGAUGUAGUACAGGCGGAGGCAAACAAAGCAUGGCCGCCAGAGCUUUUUAAAUCUCCAAAAGCUGCUGAUGUACAACAGGUUGACAGUCAAGAGCCUAAUGCUGGUGGUGGAGUGGCAAAGUCGAAAAAAAGAAAACAUUCUUCUGUUGGUGAUGGUGUUGAAGGGAAUUCUUCUAAGCCGAUGCUCCCUUCCAAAAGGGCAAGGAAUAAACCCCAACGUUUCCGUGACCCAGUCCAAGAAGUCACAGGGACCAACAAUGAUCCGCAAACAACUGAUGAUGUCCUGCACCCAGUUGCCAAAGUUAAUGAUGAGCUCCGGAAAAAAUUCCUGUCCUCUCUCAAAAAUUAUCGCAGCAGGGAGUUCGUUAUUGAUGGACACGUUGUCCCCAAGUCUUUUUUUAAGGAUAUGCACACUCCGCAGCAACCUGUCCACCAAGAGCACAUCGAUGCCAUGCUAAGUCUUUUGGCGCGGAGGUUUGGUGAUGCUUUGGUCCAGGGUAGGGCUGCUAUACUUGAUUCAUGGUUUGCCCUGAAUCUUUGCGACCUCUAUCCUCGUUUCAAGAAGUCUAAAACCAAAUCUGAGUGGGCGUGGAACAGUAAGAUAAGGGACUACGUCAGAGGAAUAGUCCCCGGGAGAUUCAUGAGACAGGCUUGGUUCGCCGAUGUGGACACUCUGUACGCGCCUUUUCAUAUGUCUGGCGGACACUGGGUUGCGCUUGUCAUAGAUUUGAAAGAUGGGACCAUCGCUGUACUUGACCCUAACGAGGGCGCUGAAACCGCCAAACAGAUGGACCAGCUGAUGAAACCUCUGCUUGUCUUGCUUCCUUUUAUCAUCAAAGCGCUUGUCCCCGAAGCUCACCUCGUCAAUCAGCAAGUCCCCCGUGAGUUCGUCUAUGAUUGUCUCCCUGAAAUCCUCCAAUGCGAAUAUGAAGACGACAGUGGUCCUCUUGUUGCGAAGUUUAUUGAACUUCAUUUCCAAGGCAUUAACCACGACACCAUACCCCAAGAUGAUUUCGUGGAGAAUGUCAGAAUGAGAUUUGCGGUCGACAUCUUUGAGGAUUAUACCCAGCCAUCCAUGAAUUCUUCCCGAGAAUCUCUUAGUUCUUAUGGACCUCUUUAUCCGUCGCCAAUGCCCCUUGAAAAUCUUGGCAUUCCUCGUCACUGUUACUGCGGAGGGACUGUCGUUCUUGCGAAUUCUCUUUCUGAAGACAACCCCGGUAGGCAGUUCUAUCAGUGCGAGAAGAGGGAGGACCGACCCGGGCGCCAUCUUGUUAAAUGGUUGGACGAAGCGUUUACUGACGAGAUUUCAGCUUUAAAGUGCUCCAUUAGGGAACAGGAAUUAUACCUGAAGUCCUUACUUGUUGCCCCUAACGGGGACCACAUUGAUCUUCCACUGAUGUGCGAUCGGCUUGACCUUUACCAGGAAGACAUUAAAUCGCUUCAGCAUACUGUUGGUCUCCUGCAACGCUCCCCUCGUUCCAUUGUCGACGUCAUUCGUUUAUGUCCUCCAAAACUCAUUCUCGUCCUCGCGCUUAUAGCCGCCUUCAUGCUUGGCACUUAUCUUCCCAAACAUCUUAGGCUUGCGAUUGUCCUUCUUGUUGGUAAGUCAUGUUACCGGCACUUAGGACCGCUAAUUCUCUCUGGUAACUCUGGCCGUCGUCUCGCUCUUGAUCCUUAUGUUUUGCGGGAGACUUCUCUGGCUCUCCUUGAAGCGCAUCCUCAAUAUAUUUUCAUCGGUUCACCCAUUCACUUGUUUGUUUUACGGUGUGUAAAGGCUGGCAAUCCCGUUGCUUGUUACUUAGAGAGCAUUAGGCUCGCUGCAGUCGAUGGGUUAAUAAAAGAAGCAAUGGACAUGCUCGCUCUUUUACCCGAUCCAUCCCCCAAAAUCCUAUUCACGAAGGGUCUCUAUCUUGUUUCUGUAAAUCGACCUAUCGAUGCCAUCACCGCCAUGAAUCUAUUCAAACACGAAGUUGUUUCUUCCCGCAACGCUGCUCGUGUGUCCACGCUUGUGAUGUCCGAUAUUAAGAAGAUUGCCCCUGACCAACUUAGAUUCAACUGGACCGGCUAUACCUGCUACUUGAUCCAUCCCCCUCGUCGAUAUUCAGAAUGUUCCAAAUGUAAUUUUUGGAACCCCUGUCCUCUCUGUGUUAAUUGGUGGGUCUUAUGAUUUAUUUUUUUUUCUUUAUAUGGUCUCCCAUCGCUCUUUGUCUUCGGUCUUCGGAGACCUAUUAUAUACUAAUUUUAUAUAUUGUUUGUACGAAUAAGCUGUGAGAUGUGCU